UUGACAUUAAGAAAUUGGCGCGAUUUAUUUUAUUUUGAUAUUAUAUCUCAUAUCGUUAGAAAAUCUAAGCUGAAAAUAAAUAUUUAUUGUUAUUUUGUUAGAAAUAAAUAACUGAUAUGGGCGAGGUGCAACAACUACGAGCAGAAAUUACUUCAACGUUUAAACUAAAUGGUUUUAUUUUACGAAGAGAGGCGGGAACAUUUUUGGCUGAGGAGCUCCUUCUUUUACCACCACAAGAACGUAAUUCCAUCCUCGAGAAGUUGUCAGCUCAUUUACUUCAUCAGUGUAUAUCGCAGCCAAUUUUAGAGAAGGAACAGAUAGAAAUAGCCUUUAAAGAGUGUUCGACAGCUGGAUUAGAGGAAAACGAAACUGUUCUAAAUGUAAUAGACGCAUUCACAGUCCCGAAGCUAUGCUACGACUAUGAACUCAAGAAAUUCGUGAAAGAUGUUACGAACGUGAAAUGUUUACUACCUGAUCCUAAGUGGAAGUCUCGCUUCAUGAUAGACAGGUACACAGUGAUAUGGCAGAGAACACUAAGGAACAAACUGUUCACUUUAGACAAAGUGCAUUCUUCUGAAAUUGAGAAACGGUUUCAGUUACGUAGAAUUGAGUAUUUACUAAGUUGUUCUAGUAGAGUCAAUGAUGUAGUUGUUCUGGGCCUGCUUACACAGGUUAUUGAGAGGCAGUACCAUUUAGAAGACCCUACAGGCUCAGUGCUACUGGAUAUAUCCAAUGUGAGGUACCACUCCGGCCUGUUUACAGAAGGCAGUUAUGUUUUAGCUGAAGGUUACUUUGAAGACAAGAUACUAUAUGUCACUGGUCUUGUCCAGCCCCCAGUAGAGACCAGAGAAGAGUCUGCCCCAUAUUUUGGUAAUCUUAAUACCUUUGGAGGGAAGUCACGGACUUCUCUAAAGAAUUCCAAAGCUCUUUUAAAAAUUGAGAAUGAAAAUAGAGAUGGAGUGAUUGUGUUUGUAUCUGAUGUAUGGUUGGACAGUCCCAAAGUGAUGGACAGACUAAAGAAACUUUUUGCCGGCUUUGAUGACUAUCCCCCUAUAGCUAUUGUACUCAUUGGUGAAUUUUUAUCAUGUCCAUACACUUAUAAGUUCCACAUGCACCUGAAAAAUGGAUUAAAUACAUUAGCAGACACAAUAUGCCAAUUUAAAAAUUUGCGUGAGUACUGCAAGUUUGUGUUCGUGCCAGGGAAGUCUGAUCCUGCUGCAGCAAAUGCAUUGCCGAGACCACCACUGCCAAAGUAUCUAACUGAUACAAUACAAAGGAAACUUGGUGACAGUGCCAUAUUUACCACAAACCCAUGUCGGAUACAAUAUUGUACGCAAGAAAUUGUUGUAUUUAGACAGGAUUUGGUGAUGAAGUUAUGUAGGAAUACAUUACACUUUCCUGAUAGUGGGGACAUUCCAGAUCAUUUGACAAAAACUUUACUCAGUCAGUGUUGUUUAACACCAAUGUCCUUGGGUGUGCAACCAGUAUUCUGGAGACAUGCCAGUGGGUUAAACCUAUAUCCCUUACCGGACUUAGUGGUAGUAGCUGAUCAUUUCCAACCCUUUGUAAGGAGUUACAAGGAGUGUCAAGUUAUCAACCCUGGUUCAUUCCCUCGUACAGAGUUUACUUUUAAUGUCUAUGUUCCUGCUUCUAGAACAGUUGAAGAGUCACAGAUACCUAAUGAUGAUGAUGAUGUAUCAUGAUUUUGAUUUCUUUUAGAUAUUUUUUAUUAAAUGCUAAUUAAGUAUCAAUGAAAACAUAACAUAUUUAAUACAAAGGUUUGAAAUAAGUGGGAUGAUAAUUAUUUU